AUGGACCGAUUCUUCCGUCGCAACGUCGCCGCCGCGGCCACCGCCUCGGAGGACGCUCCCGCACCGCCGCCGCCGCCGCCGCCGCCCAAGGUCCACUACGGCGUGCCCGCCCUCGCGUGCUGCCUCGCAGCGGAUCCGGUGCAGGGCACGAUUGCGAUCGGGACGGAGAGCGGCCACAUCAAGCUGUUCGGCCGGCGCGGCUCCGAGCUUCUGCUCCCCGCCAUCUCGCCUGCCCCCGUGCGCCACCUCGCCUUCAUCACCAACCGCGGCCUCCUCCUCGCGGUGCACGAGCGGGCCGUCCUCCGGCUCUGGUCGCUGCGAGGGGCGCGCCCGACGCUCGCCGCCACACCGGUGCUCCCGGCGGUAGAUUCGCUCGAGGUGAGCGUCGCCACCCUCGUGCCUCGAUCCUCCAUCGUGCUGCUCGGAACGUCGGACGGGCGCGUCUUUGCUUGCGAUGGAGCCGGCGGGAGGACGUCGGGGCCGCACGCAGGGCUGCGCGGCGAGGCGGUGCGCCGGUCACCUGCCGACCAGCCUCACCUCCCCGCCUAG